AUGCUUCGCACCCACUCUGUACUCCCCAGAGCUCUCUGGCGGGCUGGUGCUCGGUACGAGCCCCUUUCGUCGCAAGUCCUUCCGGCCCGAUACGUUUCAUCUCAGUCCUGGCCGACCUCCAACGCUCCUUUUCAUCAACCCGCCCAGUCCAGCCGUUCGACCUCACAGCUCCUUUACAAUGGCUCUGGACAAUGGGCCAGCCCAGCUGCCUCCUUCUCCACUUCUCCGACGUUCUCUGAGGCCGACUGGGAACAGAACCCGAAUCUAGCCAUCUCUAAUUUUUCCGAGCUUCCCUCCAAAGAUUUUGGCGUCAACCAGCACAUGAUCAUCAACCAAGAGUUCAAGGAGGCCCUGCGACAAAUCCUCUGGCAGUUCCGAGCACCCAUCCGGUAUGCAUUUGCCUAUGGCUCCGGUGUGUUCCCGCAGAGCGGUUCUGGCGCAGCUGGUUCCACUCACCCCGCUGCGCCAGCUGCAAUUCAGAAAAUGCAGAAGGGGUCGGGAAAAAUGAUUGACUUCAUCUUUGGAGUCUCAUACUCUCAGCACUGGCAUGAUCUGAAUCUGAACCAGCAUCGUGACCAUUAUUCCGGUCUCGGCUCAAUGGGGUCCUACGUGGUCUCGCAGGUCCAGGAUAAAUUCGGUGCAGGUGUUUACUUCAACACACAUAUCACAGUCAAUGGCACCUUGAUCAAAUAUGGGGUCGUCAAUCUUGAUACCUUGUGCACCGAUCUCACCCAGUGGAAUACCUUGUAUCUCGCGGGCAGGUUGCAUAAGCCAGUGAAGAUUCUUCGGGAUCACCCCAAGGUGCGACUUGCGAACCAGAUGAACCUGCUUUCUGCUCUGCGAGUGGCGCUUUUGCUUCUUCCGGAGCGAUUCAGUGAAUCUGAGCUGUACAACACAAUUGCCGGUAUCAGCUACAUGGGUGACCUUCGCAUGGUACUCCCUACAGAAGACCCCGGCAAAGUACGCAACAUUGUCUCUGGACAAAUGGCCCAUUUCCGUCGUCUGUAUGCCCCCCUCAUUGCGAACCUUCCCAAUGUUUCCUUCUCAGACCCGCGCUGUGGCCAAGUUGAUUGGAUUGAUGAUCCCGAUUCCAUCUUGGCUAUGGUGCAGGAUAUGGAUCCUGUCAAGCGUGGAAAUAUGGUCCGCCGUCUGCCUGAAUCUUUCCGACAGAAGCUCUACUUCCAAUACCAGUCUCGAUUCGCCAUUCCACGGGUUGAGUUUGACAAGAUGAUGGAAGAGAAUGAUGACACCAAGCAAGGCAUUGUCCGGCGUCCCCAGGGAGGUCCAUUUGAACGUCGCAUUGCUGAAGAUGACCAUCUGAAGGAGGAGGUUUCUGCGUCUAUCUCGAAGACCAUUCGCUGGCCCAGUACUGUACAGAGCAUCAAGGGUACUUUCACAGCGGGUCUGAGUAAGAGCUUGGUCUACGUGAAAGAGAAGCGGGACAAGCACAAAAAAGCCCAGGCUCAAAAGGCGCAGUCGGCUGACAAGGGACCAAAGUCAGAACCAGCAGGGAAACCUGUGAAGAGCGCUGAGAAGCAUGAUUAA